AUGGCAGGCCGCGGCAAUAUGUAUGGGCAGAACCAGCGCAACGGUGCCAACCUCUAUGGCCACAGCGCCUACGCCAACGAGACCUUGCAGUCAAUGCCAUCGUCGUCCCAGCCACCGCCCGAAGCCCGCGGCCGAAGCUACGGUGGCGGCCAGAGCUCGUUCAACCCCUUCACCCACGAAGGCCAAGGCCGGUAUAACAACCCGUACGAGCAGCCGCCGCCGCCAACGUCGCAGACGAUGCAGAUCAACCAAGGCAGCGGGUUUCACUCGAUGGGCCAAGGCCACCACCGCCGGCGUGCUGAGCCCGCCGAGAAUUACGAGGUUGUCUCGACGAGCUACCAGCCGCCAGCGUCGGAAAAUGGCUACGGCAGCUACGCGCCAAUAGAGCCACAGGGGUAUGGCAGCUACGGCUAUGAUCCAAGCUACGGGCAGACGUCACCAGGCGAGUACCAGCCGUCGUACGGUGCGUACUCGCAGGGCAGCGAAGGCUACAGCUACCCAGCGUACGGCGAGGCAGUCAAGCACCAGCCUGUGGACGCCGGUGGCAACAACAACUUUAGCAGCCCCAGCGACUAUUACUACGCUACGCGUCCUCCGUCGGCGAGUCCCAUGCCCGAGAUGGACCGUCCGGUGUCGAGUAGCUCUUCUGUGCACUCUCGCCCCGUGUCGAGCUCGAGCCGCAGUGCCCUUGGCUCGGCAGGUGCCUCCAUGGCCAUGCACUCGAUCCCCCACGUGGAGACGCACCAGUACGUGCCCAAGCUACAGCAAUCGCUUGACGAUCCGAGCCGCACAUACGACAAUAACGCCAAGCCCGCGCCGCAGCUCUGGGGUGGGACUGGCAACUUUGGCCACUCGACCAUCACACCUACGACCAUCAACUUGGCACUGCGUUCAAACCCUCAGAUUCGCAUGCGCUUCAUCCUCCGCACUUCCUUCUACACCAUGAUCCAGCUCCUCUCGCUCGCUCUUAUGUCGACAGCCAUCGCCGCGGCGUCCCCGCCUACGGAAUGCGGCUCUAAGUGCCUCUUUAGCUCGCUUCCCGCCUGCGCGGGCUGCGGCGGCGUCACCGAAAGCGGUGGCAACAACUUCAACAACGUUGGCGGCAACGACGUCCCAACGCCGAUGCCUUCGGUGCCAACGCCGAUGCCGUCGGUGCCGACACCAGUGCCGUCGGUGCCGACACCAAUGGCCUCAGUGCCGCAUCCUGCUCCGUCCGUGCCCGCCACCAACGGUGUGCAAGGCGGUGGCCAGGGUAAUGCACCAGGCAUGAUGCUGAACCAGCCGAUGCUUACGGGUCUUGCUAACGCUGGGAACAUGGGGGGCUUCUCGGGGGGCGUCAACACUAACAACGGGCUGGGCAACUCGAACGGCUUUGGCAACUCGAACGGCUUUGGCAACUGGAACGGCUUUGGCAACUCGAACGGCUUUAGCAACUCGAAUGGCGGCUACAUGAACGGCCCCUCGAGCCCGCGCGGUCGUGACUAG